ACGAAAAAAGGAGGAAAGAAAGCUAACCAGUCUCCUGCCAGGAAUAAGAAAAGCAAAAUCUCCGAGGCAGGAGAAAUACCCCCAAGGAGGCGAAGGCUGCAGCUUGCAGUAAUCUGUGAAUGAUUGCUGGUAAAGUCCAGAGGCUUCAGGCUUGAUCUGUGUUUGUUCCCAGAGAAAGCCGAGGAGGACGGUGUUAAUAAAGAGAGAUUUAAGUGAGAGCUGUGCUUGGAAUAAAGUGGGCUACAAAAAGGUCAAAUUUGAUCAGUUGGAGCAGAUUACCGGGGCUUUAAAAGGUGGUGUGGAGCUGGGGUGUGGAGCUGGGAGUCGGGUGUGGGACGGAGGAGAGCGCAGGAUUGAUUUGCGGGGUGGAGAGAAGUCAGGAAAAGUGCGUGUCAGCCCGGGAAGGAGGGAGCCGCGGGGCGCCAGGGCCCGGCCUGGGUCCAGAAUCCUCCGUCUGUUCCCCAGCACCCCAUCCCCGCCUCCUCCUCUCCGGACUCGCCCUCAGCCGGCUCCUAGACAAUGGUUUCCUUGGUCUCUGACUUGGAUCCUCUGAAAAACUGGAAAGUUUUAAGAGAGACGGCCACAGAGUUAGCUGGGAGUCUACCAAGUAACGGCACAGCCAACAAGAUGAACGGAGCUUUGGAUCACUCAGACCAACCAGACCCAGAUGCCAUUAAGAUGUUUGUCGGACAGAUCCCCCGGUCGUGGUCGGAAAAGGAGCUGAAAGAACUUUUUGAGCCUUACGGAGCCGUCUACCAGAUCAACGUCCUCCGGGAUCGGAGUCAGAACCCUCCGCAGAGUAAAGGUUGUUGUUUCGUAACAUUUUAUACAAGAAAAGCUGCACUUGAGGCCCAGAAUGCACUGCACAAUAUUAAAACUUUACCUGGGAUGCAUCAUCCCAUUCAGAUGAAACCUGCAGAUAGUGAAAAGUCAAACGCUGUGGAAGAUAGAAAAUUGUUCAUAGGAAUGGUUUCGAAGAAAUGUAAUGAAAACGACAUCAGGGUGAUGUUCUCUCCAUUUGGCCAGAUAGAAGAAUGCCGGAUCCUCCGGGGACCCGAUGGGCUGAGUCGAGGCUGUGCGUUUGUCACAUUUUCUACAAGGGCAAUGGCACAGAAUGCAAUCAAAGCCAUGCAUCAGUCUCAGACCAUGGAGGGCUGCUCUUCACCUAUCGUGGUGAAGUUUGCUGACACUCAGAAGGACAAAGAGCAAAGGCGCCUCCAGCAGCAGCUCGCUCAGCAGAUGCAGCAGCUCAACACUGCCACCUGGGGGAACCUGACGGGGCUGGGCGGACUGACCCCGCAGUAUCUGGCGCUCCUGCAGCAGGCCACCUCCUCCAGCAACCUGGGUGCGUUCAGCGGCAUUCAACAGAUGGCAGGCAUGAAUGCUUUACAGUUGCAGAACCUGGCGACGCUGGCUGCUGCGGCAGCUGCGGCCCAGACCUCAGCCACCAGCACCAAUGCAAACCCUCUCUCUACCACGAGCAGCGCCCUGGGAGCCCUCACGAGUCCCGUGGCUGCUUCAACCCCAAACUCCACUGCUGGUGCAGCCAUGAACUCCUUGACCUCUCUUGGGACUCUGCAAGGACUGGCUGGAGCCACUGUUGGACUGAAUAAUAUUAAUGCACUAGCAGGUACCAUCAACAUUGCUCAAAUGCUCUCAGGUAUGGCGGCUCUGAAUGGAGGACUUGGCGCCACAGGCUUGACGAAUGGCACGGCUGGCACCAUGGACGCCCUCACCCAGGCCUACUCAGGAAUUCAGCAGUAUGCAGCCGCCGCGCUGCCCACUCUGUACAGCCAGAGCCUGCUGCAGCAGCAGAGCGCUGCGGGCAGCCAGAAGGAAGGUCCAGAGGGGGCAAACCUCUUUAUUUACCACCUUCCACAGGAAUUUGGAGACCAGGACAUUCUGCAGAUGUUCAUGCCUUUUGGAAAUGUUAUCUCUGCUAAAGUCUUCAUUGACAAACAGACCAAUCUGAGCAAGUGCUUUGGUUUUGUUAGCUACGACAAUCCAGUCUCUGCACAAGCUGCUAUCCAGGCUAUGAAUGGCUUUCAGAUCGGCAUGAAACGCUUGAAGGUGCAGCUGAAGCGUUCCAAAAACGACAGCAAACCUUACUGAUCCUAACCCCAGAGGCUCCCUGCUCUCAUUUUAGCUUUCUUAGGGUAAGUCCCACGAGCCAGCCUGUCUCAACAGGGAAGGCAGAGGAGGACCACAUUGCCAACUUUUACCAAGAGAGACGGUUAUUUUUACAAUAAGGCCUCCAUGUCCCCACCCACUUCCCCUACCCAGUUUGCCAUAAUUAAAACUUGGGCUACCUUGUUUCUAUUGAGUAAAUUCCUUCUCCAGUUGUGCCACUGUAUUCUCCUUUGUUUUGCAAUUUGAAUCUCCUUUUACCUUUUUUUUUAAUUUUUUUCAUUUUUGCUUUUUUAAAGAGAAGCAUAUACACAAAUAAAUGGCAUCUUGAGAAUUUAAAAGGCAAACAAACGCUAAUGUGCAAUUCUAACUCUGAAACCACUGGUGCCCCGAGAGCACUGCCUGGAGAAUUCACCCCUCCUUGCCCGGCGCCCGCCCCCGGAGGGAGGGCCCGGUGCUUAGAGGUUAACGUGGUGGCCUAGGAGAGGGAGAAGCCAGGAGAAGCACUUACUCCAACCACACGUCUUUCCACUACAUCGGCUUGUUUUCCUAAGUAGGAUUUUAUUUUAGGGUUCAAAGAAACAUGACAUUUAUUGGUCAAAUGAUUACACUGGUUGUCUAUUUUGUUAUUGUUUUAUUUUAGUUUUUAGAAAGGAUUAAUGUACAAAAAGAUUUAGAGAUCUGUUUCUUAAAGCUACAGGGUUUAAAAAUAAAAAUGAGUGAAAAUACUUGAUGUUUCUUGAAAGAUAAAUUUAAUAAUAAUAAAUAAAUACAUAAAUACAUAAAUAAAAAAGAAAGCCACAGGCCUGUAAAUUUUAUUUGUAAAAAAGCAUUUCUAUUUUUAUACAAAAUUUUUACUGCCUCAGAAAUAAUGGAAGUUAUUUAUUGCCUAUUGUUAACUUAUUGGGUACCUAAAGAGCAGUUCUCUGUCUAGCUAGAACCUUCUGAAGUAGUCUCUAGAGGAAUUGUUCUAGGAAUGGGCUUUUUUUCACCGUUGAACCCUAGACCUAAAGUUCAUGCUUUAUCCUCUCGUUGUUUGUAUCUGUCUGAUGAUUUUGUUUGUAACUUCCAUUAUCUAGUUUACAGUUCAGUCGUCUGACUUUCCCCGUAUGUCACAUUUGUUGAAACUGGACCCUCUCCCCCUGUCCCUCACCCCAAAACACCCGGAAUCCAUCCCCUUUCACUCUCUCCAGAUGGAUUCUCUUGGGGUUUCAUUGUGCUGUGGAUAAAGAGUGUAAGAAAUGCAAAUUAUGUGAAUGGCUCGGAGACUCCCUAAUGACCUAAGAUUUGCAUUAGUUUUUCUCCUGCACCCUUAAAAGUGAUUUUGUUGCUGCUGCAUAGAUUCUGUGUAACUUUUUACUCUUCCUUGUUUUUUCCCUAGACAUCUUCAUGCCCGUUAGUUCAUCGUUUGCCUAGCAUGUCCCUGUGGCGUCUCAAAAAAAAGUUUCAUCGUCCCGUCAUUGUUUCUGAUGUCUUUCUGACCUCACAUCAUAUUUGGUUCUCCUACUGACCUUUGAUCUAGUUUGACCUUUGAAAUUUGCAUGUGACCUCAUCUAGCUAUGAAUUCUGGGAAGUCAAUGUGAAAAACAUUGCUGCAUUCAUGCAAGACUGAAAUUUAUUAUUAGACAAAUUCAUUAUAGAAAAAAAACCUGUGGCAAAAACGUUUCUUUCUUUUUUUUUUCUUUUCCUAAAACAGACUUGAAAGUAUUAUACAGGGAUUGGCAUUCUUCCCGGUCACUGGUAACAAUAGCAAUAUGUGUCCAGGGACACAGAAUGUUGGUUUCUAACAGACUACUUCCAAAAACAGUUUGAGAAAAAAACUGUCUGAUUUUAAGUCUCUAGAGGUCUGUAAUAGUUUUUACAUUUUUCAGGCAGUGUAAAGUUUUUUGAUAAGGCCAUUUUAGGUGGCUCACUUUCUCAUUAAGAUAUAUAUAUAGAACCACUUUUUGUAGAUUAGUAUAAGAAAAAUAUUUACCCUGUUUUGGGGCAAAUGCUACCUAUUUGUGUCACCUUUUGCUGAACUCACAGUUAGACAAUCCAUGGUUUAAUGCACAUGAAAUUACCUAUAUUUUAUACUGUUUCAAUGUACAGGAGAAAGGUUACUGUAAACUGUGUUAUGUUGGUGCUUCUGUGAAUUAAGUUGUGGUUUCAUCAUGAGUCUUAAUGUUCUUUGUUGAUAAGACAAGUUUAGAAUUGGUUUACUUAAUACAAAAAAAAAAAAAGAAUUUCAAAAAAAAAAGUUGUUUGCUUAAAAAAAAUUUCAUGUGAGGGAAAAAAAAAAAAACCUAUUCCAGAAUAAGUUUUGUGUUGGCUUGUGAAGCAUUGAUGUCAUUUUUUUUAAUUGUGGACUAUUUAGAUGUGUUUGUGUUCAGCAAAAUGUGAUCUGUUUUUUUCUUUUAAAGAAAAAAAGUGAAAAUAUAUAGUGCCAAAUUCCAAAGGUACUUCCUUCCUAGAGCUUCAGUGUGUUUCUUGUGAGAAGUAAUUUGAUAACAUGGGUAUUUUAUUAUGUGUUUUGUAUAAAUCCCUAAUAUUUAAAAAAACAAAAAACAAAAAAAGGUUAAAAAGUUUGUUAACUUGCUAUCCUGUGGUCUUGUUGCCUGAAAUUGUUAUUGUUUGUUAUUUCUCUCUGAUGUUUUUUGUAAGACAUUGUAUAAGUGCCCAUGUCCCACUUUUUUAACCACUCCGCACAUCAGUGCUGUGAAGGCAACCUCACCAUGUAUUUUCUUCAUAAUCUAUGGAAACCUCUAAGGUGAGAAAGUUUUGAACUUUUAACCCUUUCUACCCAGAGCUAUCUGAAAUGUUGAUAACUUUUUAUACCGUCAUGAUUUGAGUUUGUUUUGGGGUGUUUCCAAUUUGGAUUUUUUUCCCCUGCAUCUAUCCUCUAAGUUGUUUCGGUUUGACUACUUUGUUCUUUGGUUAAGAUCCAUAAGAAAACAAUUCCACGAGGCCAAUCUAAAGGGAAAAAAUCCUACACUACUUUUGAUUAUUUCUCAUUUUUGGGAACAGAAUUCCUAAUGUGCUACUAGAAUUCCUUCUUCCGUUUUAACGAGUAAUUGGAUAAAGCCUGAGGGAAAACAGAGGUAGAUUCAGCACCUAACAAUCCUGUAUGCUUUUUAGUGCUAUGUCCUAGUCUAGAAUAUUUUCAUAUACCUUGCAGUAAAACGACUUUGUGGCAGGACAGUCUUUUGAGGGGUUUUCUGUUUCUUACAUACUCCUAAAUAAUAUUUCUAAUCAGCCAUUAGGCUGGGGCAUCUCCAACCCCAGUAGGUACCGCUGAAUAUACCAGGUGUCUGGAGUUAGAAGCCCAUAGCCCUUUCCCAGCCUUUUUGGUUUUUUUAAUUGAACACAUUUAAAGGGGACUGACCAUCUAAGUAAAGCUCAGUUCUUUAUCACAAUGUACUGACCAAAUACCUAGCACCAGUUCCAAUACCUAGCACCAGUUCCUGCUGCCACUUUUUAAAGUGCCAUACGACUUUUUAUGAACAGGUACCUUGCUGUCUUGACAAAUCCUAAUGUCACGCCUACAGCCCCAACACAAGCUCCAGCCUUCCUCUUCGGCAUGCCCUGGAAGCUUCUUGGCCUCAGCUCCCCUUCCCCGCUCAGCACCCUGUUAGGAUCAGUGUGUGUGGAUGGGAUAGCCCUGGGAUGGAAAGGACUAGCCUCUACUGAUGCAAAAAACAAAAAGCAACACAAACGUUUCCUUCUUAUAGCACAUGCACUUACAGUGACAUGAUUUGUAUUAUCCUCACAUGUGUUUACUACUGCUGGGGCCUUCCUUCAUCCUCUGAGGGCUAUUUUGUACUUCCUGCAGCAAUCAGCUUAAUAACCGUUAUUGCACCUGUCUCUCUCCGAGAACACGGUGUGUCUCGACACACACAUGGAAACACAAGAGCCCGCCACUUGAAUUUCUAAGACCAUUUCAUCCUGAAACUCUUUAUCAAUUACCUAAAUCUCAAUGAAAAACAAUUCUGAUUUCUUUCCUGAAGCAGACCCCCCCUCCCCAUUUCCCUCUCAACCCACCUGCAUGCAUCUCCCCCAGAGGAAACACUGAGGGCAGGGGACAGGAGGCUCAGGACGGGCCCUCUGAGUCGAGUGUUCCUUCUUCACAAGUCACCAAAAGAGAGGACAUAAGUGGGAAAGUCCUUUUUUGCCCUUCUCCAAAAAACAAACCUUUCACAGAGACAAAUUGUCCUUCUAUCCACUUUAUCUUUUACUAUCAAAAGGAAAAAGCUGCAAGGGUGCAAAGGGCCUGUGCCAGAAGAAAACACACACAGGGAAACCGCUUUUUUUAAUCAAGUGUAGAGAAUAGUCAUUUUUAAUCUAAAUUAGAGAAUUGUGAUACAAUGGCAGUCCUCAAAGGCGUAACGAGUUCAUCUUUCUUUCACCAUAGGGGUUAUAGUUGGCUUGUGCUACUCUGGAAUCAUUUUACUGUUUGUUUUUAUUAUCUUAAGUGCUAAUUAAAAAAAAAUAAAAUUUUAAAAAAACCUGUAGUUUCAUUACCUUUUUGAAUAAUGUCAUACAAAAAAUGUAUGUUUUUUUGUGCUGUGAGAAUUGAUGUUUGUAGAUUAAUAAUCAUUUUGUUUAGAAUUACAAAAUAGUUUUUAAAUAUCGUCUGAGAAAAGCCAAAGUUAAUGCAACCUAGUGGAAACUGUAAGACCAUUUGAGUAUUGUUUGUUUUAUUGAUGCAUUUGGAUUUUGUUGUUUGAUGGAAUUUGAGCCAAAAAAAACAUACGCAGGCUUUCCUAUUUCUACAACUGAUUGUACUUAUGCAUUUUGUACCAGUGGAACUUUUUAUACUGGAGAUUAAAAAAAAAAAUGGAAAUUUUUGUGGCUUGCUCUGGUGGGCCCCUGACAAUGACUGAUUUCAAGUUUGAUUUUGGGUUGAUAGAAAGAAAGUUGCUUUUCUUUUGAGAAUUAAAAACUUUGGCUUGAUUUCUUUUUUCCCUUUGCUUAUACCUAGCAUUAGAAUUUUGUCUUAAAAUAACAGCGGUAAGUUUCACUUUUUAUUCUGUAUUGUGCAGUUACACAAUAAGGUAAUUAGAUUUAGAAGUACUCAGUCACUUUAAGUGGAUAAAUGUAUUAGUUAAAACUUUAGGGUUUGCUUUUUUGCUGUUUAGAUCAAAGUUUUUUCUGAUUCUUCUGUCCUCAUUGUGAACAUAACCGUGUAGUUGAAACAGUCAAACUUAUUUUUGUAAUGUAUGUUAUUGUGUGAUGCAGUUUUUUGCUUCUGUCUCCAAUAUUAAACCAUUUUCCUAAUACUUGUUUCUCUCUCUGCGUGUUGUAUUGUUGGUAGUCAUUAUAUGUUGGUGAUACAUCUGCACACCUCACUGUUUCACGUAUCUGUUUUUUUCUCUAUGUUGUGUAAAAAGAUACAGUCGAUUCCACUUAAGUGAAUAUCUGAUUUGGUAAAGAGGAAACUGCACACCAGCCACCUUUGAUUUAUGUACAACCGCCCACGUGAACUUCUGCUUCCAAGAUUUAUACACUUUUUUCCUACAGUUCACCUCAGUAACUGCCUUCGGGGUUGGAUUUGCCAAGGUGUUUUACGGUCUUUUGACCACACAGGUUAAUUUCCCCUUCUCUCCCCACCCUCAUGAGUCUAUCCACACAGUUCUUAACAUACAUUCCAAACUGCUGCUGGGGUUUCCUCUCUACACCCACGAGGCCAAACCCACAUCAUUACAGUCCUACUCUUCGUAGACACUAAUCACCUUUCUAAAAGAGGUGAGUUCUCCAGGGAAGAAAAAUAAACUUAGCCGGUGAAAAGGGUUAAACUUAAGUCUAUUUGUUGCCAUCAGUCAAAAGAUAUGUAUAGAAAAGUCAUUUAAAUUAUUUAUUUCUACAAGCUAAUUGAAUCCAGGAGCAGCUUUAAUUAUUAACACUAACGGAAGAGAAAAGAAGUAUUUCCAAGGGCUCAAAUGGAAGCUGUCCUCAGUCCGGUGGAGGCAGGGGGAGGUAAAGUUUCUCACACUCAAGUCGUCUUCAUAGUUUACUGUCCUUUUCCAAACAAAAGCUAAUAAUGCCAUACGCAUCCACACACUCCCUCCUGGAUGAACCUAAGUCUCGUCCCCACUGUCACCCCAAGGCCAGUUAUCAAAAACUGUUCCUUCUCUGCCCUCAAAGACUGAAGCCGCAGGCCCUGUUCUGCCUCUGCUCAGGAAUCUGAUUGCUCUUAAAGUGCUCUUACAAGAUUCCGUCGAUGUUUGCUCCCUCUGUCUUAUCUCUCCUUCCAGUAUUUUCAGACGCACAAGCUCUGACUCAGGCCACCCAGCACCUGGCAGCCUUCCUCUGGGUGCCAGUGAAAUCUCUCCCAGUAGGUGCUCAGGCUCUUCACCCUCUCGUUGCAGCAGCCCCUCUGGCCCGAGAUUGUAUUUUCUAGUCUGCUCAACAACAGAGGGGCCUGGCGAGGUGGAGGAAGGGAGGCUCCCUCCCCGGGGCUGGCCGCCUCAGCGAUGGUGAUGCCACCAGCUCCAGCCUGCACGGAUGGAGCUCACUUCCUGCCACCACUUCUGCUUUCAGUCUCCUCAUAGCCUUCGGCAGUCUCCUCUGAAAACACACUGCCUAUGUAGUGGGAAAGGAUGGCUAAGGGUGUGAAUUCUUUUUAUUAGGGAGGUGGGAGGGGAUGUUGGGAGGUAUGGGGGGUGAUUAAAUUAUUUCCAAGGUGCAAGUGUUUAUUUUUCAAACCUAUAAGUACAUAGAUCCACCAUUUUGGCACAAGACAAAAUACUCAUGCUAAGCAAAGGAAGAGAAAGACAAAGCCAGUUUUUGUUGCUUUUCUAAAGCAACAAAUAAUUCUCCAAAGAAGGGGAUGAAAAUGCUAGUUCCUUUAAGCACUUAUGACUAUCAAGUUGGUCCCUGCUUAAAUUCAUACCCAUAGUUUUGAGUCGGUAUGACCCCGCUGCAGUGUGAGCAAGGUGAAUCCGUGUGCCAUGCAAGGACCACCUUGGGAUACUGCAGCACCAUCAACAUCUGCCUUGCUGAUGGAAGCCACACACGCUGCCCAGCCCACAGCAGUUGCACGCACCCGAUGGGCUCGGACUCUUAGCUGGCAGGCUAGGACACACAGUGAACAUAAAUGUACUGUGAAUCGUUCCUGAUAAGUGAAUAAAACAUUGUGACCAAACAAUCAGCUUAUUCACUUAUCAGGAAUCGACUGUUCUGCUAAUUUGCUGUUGUUGUUUUUCAUCUCUGUUGUAGUUCACUAUUUUUGCUGUGUUCUGUUCUCUCAUGCUUGGGCAAAUCACUGGGAAUAUUAUCUUCAUGUGACCAUGAAACGUUUCUAUUGAGUGAAAAUGAUAUCUUAACAAAAUCUAUGCACUUGCUAUCAGGAACACAAUACUGGAUGUGUCUUAUAUAUAUUGAACUAUAUAGUACUCGAUUUCUUAAAUAAAGCUUAAGAAAGGA